CUGCCUUUCCCCCCCACGUGAGCCUCCACCGAAGCACCACGCGCAGGCAGCAGGACCAAACCGGCUGCUAACGAUAAGUGUAUCACGUCACUGACAAACAGCGGCGCGCGAGCUGUGGACCACAAAGUAACUGCCGUACGGACGCGGCGGAGCGGAUAAUUCUAGUCUCAGGUCCAGACCGCGCGAGGAAGAUGGCGGACGACCCCAGCGCAGCGGACAGGAACGUGGAAAUCUGGAAGAUUAAGAAGUUGAUCAAAAGCCUUGAGGCGGCUAGAGGGUAUAUCUUGAGUGCCAAACCAGCAUAUUCGAAAUCGGGAUGAUUUCUGAAGGAUCAUGUGACACUGAAGACUGGAGUAAUGACUGCUGAAUAUUCAACUUGCCAUAACAAAAUGGCACCAGUAUGAUUUCCCUCAUCAUCCCACCCAAGGAUCAGAUUUCACGUGUUGCGAAGAUGUUGGCUGAUGAGUUCGGCACAGCUUCGAACAUCAAGAGCAGAGUCAACAGACUCUCCGUGCUGGGAGCCAUUACCUCAGUACAGCAGAGACUCAAACUCUACAACAAAGUGCCUCCUAAUGGCCUGGUGGUGUAUUGUGGCACCAUAGUGACAGAGGAAGGCAAAGAGAAGAAAGUAAACAUAGAUUUUGAGCCUUUUAAACCAAUCAACACAUCCUUGUAUUUAUGUGACAACAAGUUCCAUACUGAGGCUCUAACAGCUCUGCUGUCAGACGACAGCAAGUUCGGUUUCAUUGUGAUUGAUGGUAGUGGUGCCCUGUUUGGGACUUUGCAAGGCAACACAAGGGAGGUGUUGCACAAAUUUACUGUGGACCUGCCCAAAAAACACGGUAGAGGAGGACAGUCUGCUCUUCGAUUUGCACGUUUGAGGAUGGAGAAGAGACAUAACUAUGUGCGUAAGGUAGCAGAGACUGCUGUGCAACUCUUUGUGUCCAAUGACAAGGUCAAUGUGGCAGGACUGGUUCUUGCCGGAUCGGCCGAUUUCAAAACGGAGCUCAGCCAGUCGGACAUGUUUGAUCCGAGGCUACAAGCGAAGGUUCUGAAGCUGGUGGAUAUAUCGUAUGGAGGAGAGAAUGGUUUUAACCAGGCCAUUGAGCUUUCAGCAGAAGUGCUGUCCAAUGUUAAGUUCAUCCAAGAAAAGAAACUAAUAGGCCGAUACUUUGAUGAGAUCAGUCAGGACACAGGGAAGUAUUGUUUUGGAGUUGAAGACACACUCAAAGCACUGGAGAUGGGAGCGGUGGAGAUUCUUAUAGUUUACGAGAACCUGGACACUAUGCGUUAUGUCCUACGCUGUCAUGGAGAAAAUACUACACCAGAAAAUGAUGAAAAGAUACUCUAUCUGACACCGGAACAGGAGAAGGACAAGUCUCAUUUCACUGACAAGGAGACAGGUCAGGAGCAUGAGCUGAUUGAGAGCAUGCCGCUGCUUGAGUGGUUCGCCAAUAGCUACAAGAAGUUUGGGGCCACGCUGGAAAUUGUUACGGACAAAAGCCAGGAGGGUUCACAGUUUGUGAAAGGCUUUGGAGGCAUUGGUGGAAUCUUGCGGUACCGGGUGGACUUCCAAGGCAUGGAUUACCAGGGAGAUGAUGAUGAAUUCUUUGAUUUAGAUGACUACUAGGUAGUCGGGACUAACACAAAAUUCAAAUAUAAGAUUUUCCCCCUUCACCUACCCCGCAAAUGGGAGAGGAGCGAAGGAGAUCAAAUCAACAGGAGGGAGAAUAAGAAUUUGAGAAGAUGGCGGGUGGUCUGCGUGUCCCUGGCUUUAGAAUACAGCGAUUCCAUCUCUGGACUGGAAGAGACUGAGUUUUCUCCUCUUCACUAAUUACCGGGUCAUCGCGGCAUGGCCAUGGCCCGUCUGCCUGUCCUGCCUCAGCUCUUCACACAAAAAAACCAAACUCUUCUACCCCUCUAAUUUCACUCCUUUACUUCCUUUUGCCUCUCCUUUUAUAAUGGCAUCUGCUGCUGUUGUAUUUUAUUCAGAUGUAUUAUAUUUUCUCUUAUUCAGUGUAUGAAGAAAGCAGUAGCAAAUGAUUAGAUCUGUACUGCUUACCUCUAGCCACCUAAAGCCCAUUGCCAGGCCUGCGUUUUCAUUUCCCAGUUAUCCCAGACUUGAUUGGUUGCCUUGUUUCUGCUGUAAACCAGUGUGGAGGUGGUUAUGAUCUCUGAGCCAGCGGUACACCCUGCUCCUCCCAUUGCAUUGUGCCCACAGUGAAGUGUUUCUUGCUCUCAAAUGGACCAUAUAGUAACUGGACCCAUCCCUUCUUGAAGACUGAGAACCGUCUUUCACAGUACAUUGCCCUCACUUGUUUUCCUCAGCCCGCAGGAGAUGCUACUUCUCAAAAUAAACAAUAUAUGAGUGCCUGAACUUUGCAGUUUCUGAGAUAUGACAGCACAGUGUACCAGCAUUUGGACUUCAGCAUCUAACUUAAGCCUCCUGCUGUUUCAGAACAUAAAAUCUUAGCUCAAGCCUUCAGCACUCAUUGGUAUUUGACGGCUUUAUGCAUGGGAAUAUCCUUUUGGACCGAUUACGGGGUAAGGGGUUACUGUGUCAACUGUGAUGUGUGAGUGAAUAUAUGUCAGUUUGGCUGUUUAAUUCCCUUUUAAAAAGUCACAUCUGGGAGUCUGAUCCGCCACAGAUUACAAGCCUUUAAGUUCUUUCCAUUUUUGUCCUGUCAUAUUUUAACAACAGAUUGGUUUUAUAAAGGCAAAGCUGCAAAUCAAUUAUUUGGACCUUUUAACAAUUGUGGCAUGGUUGGUUUUUUGAUGCCUACUAAAACGAACACUCAAUCCGAUAAUGUAAAAGGUGAGAAAGAGAGGGGGGGGGGGGGAUAAUUCAAAACACGGGCCCACAUUAUUCUAGCAAUUAUGUUGUAUAUUUUUUCAUUUUCUUUGAUCCAUCACUAUUUUGUAUAAAUCAUUUGUUACAUCUGGACACAGACAUUAAACGUUCUCAUUGUUUGCAAA